AUGAUCAUCCCAGUCCGCUGCUUCUCGUGCGGCAAAGUCGUCGGAAACCUGUGGGAGGCGUAUCUCGAGCUACUCGCGGCGGGUGUUGAUGAGGGUGACGCGCUCGACAAGCUCCAGCUCAAGCGCUACUGUUGUCGCCGUAUGGUGCUCACGCACGUCGACCUGAUCGAGAAGCUUCUCCUCUACAACCCCCUGGACCGCGAGACUGCCCGUAACUAG